AUGGCUAGAAGACCAGCUAGAUGUUACAGAUAUCAAAAGAACAAGCCUUAUCCAAAAUCCAGAUACAACAGAGCUGUUCCAGAUGCCAAAAUUAGAAUUUUUGAUUUAGGUAAGAAGAAGGCUUCUGUCGAUGAAUUUCCAUUGUGUGUUCAUUUAGUUUCUAACGAAUUGGAACAAUUGUCUUCUGAAGCUUUGGAAGCUGCUCGUAUCUGUGCUAACAAAUACAUCACUGUCACUACUGGUAGAGAUUCCUUCCACUUGAGAGUUAGAGUCCAUCCAUUCCAUGUUUUGAGAAUUAACAAGAUGUUGUCUUGCGCUGGUGCCGAUAGAUUGCAACAAGGUAUGAGAGGUGCUUGGGGUAAACCACAUGGUUUGGCUGCUCGUGUUGACAUUGGUCAAAUUAUUUUCUCUGUUAGAACCAAGGACAGCAACAAGGAUGUUGUUGUUGAAGGUUUGAGAAGAGCCAGAUACAAGUUCCCAGGUCAACAAAAGAUUAUUUUAUCCAAGAAAUGGGGUUUUACCAACUUGGACAGACCUGAAUACAUCAAGAGAAAAGAAGCUCGUGAAGUUAAAGAUGACGGUGCCUUUGUCAAGUUUUUGUCUAAGAAAGGUCCAUUGGAAAAGAACUUUAGAGAAUUCCCAGAUUAUUUUACUAGUCAAGCUUAA